AUGCCGUCACGUUGCUGGCUCUGCAAAGCAAGUCGCCUUCGUGUUGUGAACGUUGCGGCUACGGGACGUCGAAUUCUUGAAUGUGCAAAUCGAAAUUGUCUGGCUACCAUAGAAUAUACCGACCUCCCUGAGGGUACCAUAAUAGAGCAAGAGAAGGCAACGUACAGUUUUCUGGUCCAUUUCAAUAACCUUUGUCUCAGAAGAGGAACUAUGGAUGGUAUUUGCGAGAUACUUCAGAAAUGGUAUAUCCCUCCAAAGAAAGGUUGGAAGCGUUCCCGAAUCCACCGUUUGAAUAUGUGCCAGAAGUGUUGCACGACUCUGGCGGACGUGUUGUCGUUCGUUGUCCUGGUCAACGGAAACUUGUUCUGCUACAGUAAUGAUGGUCCAGAACUGUCCAAUGUAAAGACUUGCCAGCUCGUAUAUUACUUCUUUAUGUCUCAAGAGGAGAGCUGUAAAACAUAUGAAGCAAAACAUGGAAUGAAUUAA